AUGGAAAACGCACAAUGUAUGAUGGCUGUUUAAAAGAAAAAAAGGAAGAGUAAAAUCGCGGUCUCAAAGCACGUUUUCUCGCCAAAUCCAAACAAGAAAAAGCUCACCAUCACCAUCACUGUUCUCUAUUUCCGACAACUGGAGAACCCAGCGAUUGAUCGUAUCUCUCUCGCGCCGUCGUACCCCUUCUCUGAACCUUAACUUGCAGAAACUCAAGAAGUGAAAAAGGAAAAAACACUCAAAGAAGUAAAAAGAACGCAAGAAAGAGGGAGAAAAUGGUGAAGGUACGGAUGAACACGGCCGAUGUGGCCGCUGAGGUAAAGUGCUUGCGAAGAUUAAUCGGCAUGCGCUGUGCCAACGUCUACGAUCUCUCUCCCAAGACGUACGUGUUCAAGCUUAUGAAUAGCAGUGGAAUGACCGAGUCUGGGGAGAGCGAGAAGGUUUUGCUGUUGAUGGAAAGUGGUGUCCGAUUGCACACCACUGCUUAUGUUCGGGAUAAAAGUAACACCCCAUCUGGGUUUACUCUCAAAUUAAGAAAGCAUAUACGCACAAGAAGGCUUGAAGAUGUGCGGCAGCUUGGUUAUGAUCGGAUAAUUCUCUUUCAGUUUGGAUUGGGUGCUAAUGCGCAUUAUGUUAUACUGGAGUUGUAUGCCCAAGGAAACAUACUCCUUACAGAUUCUGAUUUCAUGGUCAUGACUCUUCUUCGAUCACAUAGGGAUGAUGAUAAAGGAUUAGCAAUCAUGUCACGUCAUCACUAUCCAAUUGACAUUUGUCGUGUUUUUGAGCGGACAACUGGUGCAAAGUUGGAGGCAGCCCUUACUUCUCAAAAUUCAACAGAUAAUAAUGAAAUGAAUGAGGUUAAGGAAGCUGGAAGUAAUGCACUGGAUAUAGUUAAAGAAAUGCAGGGUAGCAAGAAAAGUGGAAAGUCUUCUGAGUCGGGUAGAAAUACUAAUGAUGGUGCCCGUGCCAAGCAAUUCACGUUGAAGAUUAUUCUUGGGGAGGCACUGGGUUAUGGACCUGCACUUUCGGAGCAUAUUAUAUUGGACGCUGGUCUGGUUCCAAGUACAAAACUCACCAAAGAUAUCAAAAUAGAUGAUGAUACAAUUCAGAUUUUGGUCCAAGCAGUUGCAAAGUUUGAGGACUGGCUGGAGGAUGUUAUAUCAGGUGAUAGAGUUCCUGAAGGAUACAUUUUAAUGCAGAACAAAAAUUUUGGGCGGAAGGAAUGCGCCAAAUCUCAGCCAGGAAUUGUUGACCAGAUCUAUGAUGAAUUCUGCCCUAUACUAUUGAACCAGUUCAAAUCAAGGGAGUCUGUGAAGUUUGAGACAUUUGAUGCAGCAUUGGAUGAGUUCUACAGUAAAAUUGAGAGUCAACGGUCAGAACAACAGCAAAAGGCAAAAGAGGGCACUGCCAUGCAGAAACUAAAUAAAAUUCGCAAUGAUCAGGAAAAUCGUGUGCAUGCACUGAAGAAAGAAGUUGAUCACUGUGUUAAAAUGGCGGAGUUGAUAGAAUAUAACUUAGAAGAAGUUGAUGCUGCUAUAUUAGCUGUUCGUGUAGCACUUGCAAAUGGCAUGAAUUGGGAGGAUCUUGCCCAAAUGGUGAAAGAAGAGAGAAAAUCUGGAAAUCCUGUUGCUGGUCUCAUUGACAAGCUCCAUCUUGACAGAAAUUGCAUGACACUUCUGCUGAGCAACAAUCUUGAUGAGAUGGAUGAUGAUGAAAAGACACUUCCUGUUGAUAAGGUUGAAGUUGAUUUGGCGCUUUCAGCACAUGCUAAUGCUCGGCGUUGGUACGAACUGAAGAAAAAACAAGAGAGUAAACAGGAAAAGACUAUCACAGCUCAUGAAAAAGCGUUCAAAGCUGCCGAGAGAAAGAGUCGUCUUCAGCUUUCACAGGAAAAGUCGGUUGCCACAAUUUCACAUAUGCGCAAGGUUCACUGGUUUGAAAAAUUCAACUGGUUCAUCAGCAGUGAGAAUUAUUUGAUCAUCAGUGGACGUGAUGCUCAACAAAAUGAGAUGAUAGUCAAGCGGUACAUGUCAAAAGGAGAUCUAUAUGUCCACGCAGAUCUUCACGGAGCUUCAAGUACUGUAAUCAAGAACCACAAGCCUGAAUACCCAAUACCCCCUCUUACUUUAAACCAAGCAGGGUGUUUCACAGUUUGCCACAGCCAGGCAUGGGACUCAAAGAUUGUCACUAGUGCUUGGUGGGUCUAUCCUAACCAAGUUAGUAAAACAGCGCCUACAGGGGAAUACCUUACAGCAGGCAGUUUCAUGAUCCGUGGGAAGAAAAAUUUUCUUCCACCACACCCUCUUAUUAUGGGAUUUGGGGUGUUGUUUCGAUUGGAUGAGAGCUCCUUGGGAUCUCAUUUAAAUGAAAGGAGGGUAAGAGGUGAGGAGGAAGUCAUAAAUCAUGUUGAAGAAAGUGGGUCUCUUAAAGAAAUAUCUGAUUCUGAUUCUGAUUCUGAGAAAGAGGUUACAGAUGAAAAUUUUCAAAAUGAUCUGCAAAGCAGUUUGGAUGUACCAACAAAAAAUCAUGAACCUGCAUUAGAGGGCUUGUAUGAAGUUGCAUCUACUCAAAAUGGGUUUGCUAUCUCCAAUCCAAAAGCUCUCAAUUCACAUGAAAUCACUACCAAUGACAUAAAUGCCCUAGAUGGCAUUAGUGUGGAGAAUAUAUCAGAUAUUUCUGAAAGAGCUGUUGUUUCUGUCAAUACACAACUUGAGGAUCUAAUUGAUAGAGCUCUUGGGAUUGGAUCUGCGGCUGGGUCUUGUAACAAGUAUGGGGUUGAAACUUCGCAAGUUGAUGUCACUGAAGAACAAGUUCAUGAAGAGAGAAAAGCUACAGUGAGGGAGAAGCCAUAUAUCUCAAAAGCUGAAAGAAGAAAACUAAAAAAAGGCCAGAAAAGCAGUAAUGUAGAUGGUACUGUUGAUCAUGGAAAAGAAGUAGAAGAUACUGGUGGUUCUGUCAGUCUGUCUGACAAAAAUGUUCAAAAUUCUAGAUCAGGUGGAGGAAAAAUCAGCCGUGGGCAAAGGAGUAAACUCAAGAAGAUAAAGGAGAAGUAUGCAGAUCAGGAUGAGGAAGAGAGGAAUAUUCGUAUGGCAUUACUAGCUUCUGCUGGAAAAGUACAGAAGAAUGAUGCAGAGUCACAAAAUGACAAUGCAGCGACAACCAAGGCGACAAAACCUGUUUCCAGCCCUGAGGAUGCUCCAAAAAUAUGUUAUAAAUGUAAAAAGGCGGGUCAUCUUUCUCGAGACUGUCAAGAACAUCCAGUUGAAUCUGUGCAUAGUUAUGCAAAUGGCAAGUCUGAAGAUAAUACUCCUGCAGGAUUGGAUGACAAUGAUACUGAGAUGGAUAGAGUGGCCAUGGAAGAAGAUGACAUUCAUGAGAUAGGUGAAGAAGAGAAAGGAAAAUUAAAUGACAUGGAUUACUUGACUGGAAAUCCACUGCCCAAUGAUAUUCUUUUAUAUGCUGUGCCUGUCUGUGGUCCCUAUACUGCUUUGCAAACCUAUAAAUACCGUGUGAAGAUAAUCCCUGGCACUGCAAAGAAAGGCAAAGCUGCAAAAUCUGCGAUGAAUUUGUUCAGUCACAUGCCGGAAGCAACACAUAGGGAGAAGGAAUUGAUGAAAGCAUGCACAGAUCCUGAGCUGGUUGCGGCGAUUAUUGGUAAUGUGAAGAUAACGGCGGCGGGUCUUACCCAACUGAAGCAGAAGCAGAAGAAAGGCAAGAAGGCCAGCAAAAAUGAAAGCUAGUCAACUUAGAGGUAACCAUGUCUCAUAUCCAUUGCUUAGUAAUUUAUACACACUUGUACAUAAUAUUUGAUAAUCCUCAUGGGGACAGUUUUAGGUGCAGCCUUGUAGUUUUUUUGGGUCAAGUGAGUGUAAUAACUAGCGUUAAUUGUAUAGGUUGCCAAGAAGCUUGUAGUUCUGAGUGUACUUUUGACUGAGAUUUUUGCAUGGUUAAAUGCUCUGAUCAUUUACAUGUUUGUGAACAGAACAAUUCUAACUGAGGAUUGAUUGAGUGGAUCA